CCAUCAUCUUACUUGCGAAGAACAAUGGCGCUCCUCCAUCGCUUCCGACCCGAACACCCUCACACCUCCCACCCAGACAUCCACCACCAGCGCACACCAACCCCGACCCGACCCCUCCAAAACGCCACCUACCGAACGCGCAGCAUCGGCGGCCCCUUCAGCAGCGCCGUAGUCCACGAACGCAUCAUCCCGGUGCUCACAACCCCGCCCUGCGACGACGAAAUCAUCAUAGCCCCAAUCCGCAUCACUAAUCCCUUCCGUCGAGCCUCCAGCAUCGGCUCCGACGACCUGCCCACUCGCCCGCCCCCGCGCUCCCUCCUGCGCCGCAUUUCGUCCCGCUUUUCCCCCCCGCCCGACGAGAAUAAGUAUACUGCGCUCAAGCUGCCGCGCGGGGAUUACAAGCGGUGGUUUGCGAGGGAUAAGGAUGGAAAUUAUGCGGGGACGGAGGUGCCGGAGCGCGAGUGGACGCUCGAGGAGCUGAUGCAGGCGUUUGGGAAGUAUCAGGAGAUGCCGUUGAGGAGUGUGCCGGGGGCUGGAUAUCCUGUGGCCGGCGUGUAUGCGGUUCCGCCGGUUUGGGGGAUUGCACCUGGGUGUUAGAUGGAGGAGGGGAUGUAUUUAUGACUCUGGGACUUUGAGGCGUAGAUGGGAAGGUGUGAAACAUGCGCGAGAUACCCUGCGACAGCGAGUUGAAUUGAAGACGUUUGACAU